AUGGCCAUGUACAUGCCACCAUGUAUGUUGUGGAGAUUACUUUUUUUCUUAACAGAGAUAAAAGCAACAGUGUUCGAUGACUGCAGGAAAGAAGGCGAAUGGAAGAUAAUGCUCUUAGAUGAAUUUACCACUAAGCUUUUGGCAUCAUGUUGCAAAAUGACAGAUCUUCUAGAAGAGGGUAUAACUGUUAUAGAGAAUAUUUAUAAGAACCGUGAACCUGUCAGACAAAUGAAAGCUCUUUACUUUAUCUCUCCAACAUCAAAAUCUAUAGAUUGUUUCUUACGAGAUUUUGCAAGUAAAUCAGAGAACAAAUAUAAAGCAGCAUAUAUAUACUUCACUGACUUUUGCCCUGACAGUCUCUUCAACAAAAUUAAGGCAUGCUCCAAGUCAAUAAGAAGAUGUAAAGAAAUAAACAUUUCCUUCAUUCCACAUGAAUCUCAGGUUUAUACCCUUGAUGUACCAGAUGCAUUCUAUUACUGUUACAGUCCAGACCCUAGUAAUGCUAGCGGAAAAGAUGCCAUCAUGGAAGCUAUGGCUGAGCAGAUAGUUACUGUAUGCGCCGCUUUGGAUGAAAAUCCUGGAGUGAGAUAUAAAAGUACACCUCUAGAUAAUGCCAGUAAGCUUGCACAGCUGGUUGAAAAAAAACUUGAAGACUACUACAAACUUGAUGAAAAAAGCUUAAUAAAGGGUAAAACUCAUUCCCAGCUCUUAAUAAUUGACCGUGGCUUUGAUCCUGUGUCCACUGUCCUGCAUGAACUGACCUUUCAGGCAAUGGCAUAUGAUCUACUACCAAUUGAGAAUGAUACAUACAAAUACAAAACAGAUGGAAAAGAAAAGGAGGCAAUUCUCGAAGAAGAGGAUGACUUGUGGGUCAGGAUUCGGCACCGGCACAUUGCAGUUGUGUUGGAGGAAAUUCCAAAACUUAUGAAGGAAAUUUCAUCAACAAAGAAAGCUACAGAGGGAAAGGCAUCACUUAGUGCUCUUACCCAGCUAAUGAAAAAAAUGCCCCACUUCCGUAAACAGAUUACAAAGCAAGUUGUCCAUCUUAACUUAGCAGAAGAUUGCAUGAGUAAGUUCAAGCUUAAUAUUGAAAAGCUCUGCAAAACUGAACAGGACCUGGCACUUGGAACUGAUGCAGAAGGACAGAAGGUGAAAGAUGCUAUGCUUGUACUCCUUCCAGUUCUACUCAACAAAAACCAUGAUAACUGUGAUAAAAUCAGAGCAAUUCUGCUGUAUAUCUUCAGUAUUAAUGGAACUACAGAAGAAAAUUUGGACAGACUGAUCCAGAAUGUAAAGAUAGAAGAUGACAGUGAUAUGAUUCGGAAUUGGUGUUACCUUGGUGUUCCCAUUGUUCCCCAGUCUUCACAAGCCAAGCCAUUAAGAAAAGAUCGGUCUGCAGAAGAGACUUUUCAGCUUUCUCGAUGGACACCUUUUAUCAAAGAUAUUAUGGAGGAUGCCAUCGAUAAUAGAUUAGAUUCAAAAGAAUGGCCAUAUUGUUCCCAGUGUCCGGCAGUGUGGAAUGGCUCUGGAGCUGUAAGUGCUCGUCAGAAACCCAGAACUAACUAUUUAGACCUGGACCGGAAAAAUGGGUCAAAGCUGAUUAUUUUUGUAAUUGGAGGAAUUACAUACUCUGAAAUGCGUUGCGCUUAUGAAGUUUCUCAGGCACAUAAAUCCUGUGAGGUUAUUAUUGGUUCUACACAUAUCCUAACACCCAGAAAGCUGCUGGAUGAUAUAAAGAUGCUGAAUAAAUCAAAGGAUAAAGUUUCCUUUCUUAAGGAUGAGUAGCUUUUUUAUUGUUGUUGUUCAGAAGUUUUUGUUAAUAUAUCCAACUAAAAGAGAAUAAAAUGUUACUAUCAUAUAAUUUAAACAAUGUAAAUAUUUUAUGGAAUAAUAUGCCUUUCAAAUACAUUUCUUAAGGGACUUUAUGUAUUAUUUAAUUUGCCAUUUCUAAUAAUUUAAAUAUUGCUGCUGCUUUAUACUUGAUAGAACAUUAAAGUGCUUCCUAAUCACAAAGUUUUUUACUUUUGGAGCAGAAUAUAUUAAUGUUAUAGGUAAUUUUUCAUAGCACCCAUAUACAUGCUAAUUAUUCAUUAGAGACUUAUCUGUCUUAUGCUGAAGUAUAAUGUUUGGGGGAAAGAAUGAUUUUAAAUGAAGAGGUUAUAAAACUUAAAAACCUGUAAAUGCAUAUGAUAGAAUUGUUUCCUGUAAGUGCAGUUCUUUCAACUGAGAUUCAUGAUUUCUUUUAUGUGUAAAAUAAUUCCACUUAAUAGAAUUAUUUCACAGUGUGUACUAUCUUGCUAGAUACUUCUAAAGAACAGAAUUUUAUGUUUGAAAUUAUGUAUGCUUAUUAGAAAACCAAAAAUAAUCAUGAACACUCUAAGAGAAAAUAAAUGUAUAGUUACACAUUU